GUUUUAGGCAAAAACAAAAAAGGGGAUGCCCUUUUCCUUCUGCAACGUCCUUUUUCUGCUUCCUUCCUUCUUCUUCAUUUAACUACUCUCUCUGUCUUCUCACCUCUUAAACCCAACCACUUGGACCCUCAAAUCUUCCUCCAUUUCUCUCUCUUCCCUCUCUCCUAAAAACCCCAUUACAAAAACAAAAACAAAAACAAAAAACUCACAACAUAUUUUUUAAUCUGAAUCAAAAACAAAAAACCAUGUUGUCCAGAAUGAACAGCAACAACAAUGGUUGGAUGGAAGAAAGAGAAGACGAAAACAACACUACAAACCCAAACACUCCUUCAUCUGCUUCACCUGCUUUCAUCCAUAACCACAACAACAAACAACAAGAUUUCUCUUCUUUCAUCAAACCCAUGCUUGGUGAAAUCGAUGAAGACGAUGAACAAUGGUACAUCAGAGACAUGUCUUUUUCUUCUGCCCCUAACUUAGACAACGUUUUACUUCACACCAUCAACGAUUCCGUUUCUUCUUCAUGUUCACCUUCUUCCUCCGUUUUCAACACCCUUCUUCAUCCUGAACCAACACCAUCCAAUUCCAACCAUCUUCAGUACUUUCUUCCUCCUCAAAAUCACAAACCCAUUAACCCUUUUGACCUUCCUUGUGAACUUGGUUUUCUUGAUCAUCAAGCUUCAACAAUGGCUGCUUCUUCUUUUAUGGGUAGUUUCGUUGAUUUUGCUUCGAAAACGCCAUUAACAGCUACUGCUACUACUACUCAGUUGUUGAGCUUGCCCCAUUUGCCUCAAAUCAACAAUGCCUUCAUGGGGUUUCAGAACUCUCAAGAGGGUUCUGGAAAGUCACUGUUUUUGAGACCACUUGAUUCUUUACCUUCUUCUGGAACACAACCUACUCUGUUUCAGAAAAGAGCAGCACUGAGAAAAAACAUGGGCAAGUGUGAGAUUGGUGAAGGUAGUGAUAAGAAAAGGAAGUUCAGUGGUGGAGAUGAAAUUGAUGAUUUGAGUUUUGAUGGGUCUGGUUUGAACUAUGAUUCUGAUGAUUUGACUGAGAGUAAUGGAAAAAAUAUUGGAAAUGGUUCCAAUGGCAAUAGCACUGUCACUGAUCAGAAAGGGAAGAAGAAAGGAAUGCCUGCCAAGAAUUUGAUGGCCGAACGUCGCCGGAGAAAGAAGCUCAAUGAUAGACUCUAUAUGCUGAGGUCCGUUGUUCCAAAGAUUAGCAAAAUGGAUAGGGCUUCAAUUCUUGGGGAUGCAAUUGAGUAUCUGAAGGAACUUCUGCAAAGGAUCAAUGACCUUCAUAAUGAGUUGGAAUCAACACCUGCUGGAUCUUCACUAACACCUGCUUCAAGCUUACAUCCUUUGACACCGACACCAUCUUCGUUGCCGGGCCGUAUCAAAGAAGAACUAUGCCCCAGCUCAUUGCCAAGCCCCAAUGGCCAACCUGCCAGGGUUGAGGUUCGGUUGCGGGAAGGAAGGGCUGUAAAUAUCCACAUGUUUUGUACCCGCAAACCUGGUCUGUUGCUCUCAACCAUGAGGGCUUUGGAUAACCUUGGAUUAGACAUUCAGCAAGCUGUUAUAAGUUGUUUCAAUGGAUUUGCUAUGGAUAUUUUCAGAGCUGAGCAGUGCAAAGAAGGUCAAGAUGUCCAUCCGGAGCAAAUCAAAGCAGUACUCUUGGAUUCAGCUGGCUUCAAUGGCAUGAUCUAAUUAGUUUUGGCAACAAACAAACUAGUAGUACUUUCCAUUUCAAACAGUCAAUUUAGCAAGUUUUAUUAUAUCAGUUAUUUUUACUUUUUAAUGAUUACAAUUCAAGUGUAUGAUAUUGGCUCUGGUGACUUCAGUUUAAGUUGAAUUGGAAGAAAUUUUCAGAUGAAUGAAUUUAUCUCUUUUAAAAGCAGUUACA